AUGGAAGUAACUCCAGUUUCCUUGCACAGGAAACGUAAGGAAGAUGGUGGAUCAUCCGAAAUGAAUGAGCCCUCCCUAUCUGGCAACGAAGCGAAUCUGAAUAACCAGUUAUAUUCAAAUGAAACAGGGUCUUCAGUACAGAAUGUAAGCGAAUUGCCGGCGCUGGAACUCGAUGCUGCCUCUACUAACGACGGUUCUGAUGGCUCUAUGACGACUCAUAUCGACAAUGAACCCCUGACUGAAAACAAAGCUGAUUCCGACGAGAAGCAAGGUAAUAGCUCUGAAUCUGUUGAAGCUGUUGAAGCUGCUGAUGCUGAUGCUGAUGCUUCAGAACUACUAGACGACCGAGCUUCAGUAGGUAACGAUAGCUCGCCAGAAAUUGCAGCGCAAGGCAAUGACGACGACGACGACGAUGACUAUGACCCAGAAAAUAUAGAGAGUCUAAGUUCGCCAAACCUUGACGAAAAGACUUUUGGAGUUGAAGGGGCAACUCAGGUAUCACCUCCAGCUGUAACUGGAAACCAAGGUCAUGCCUUUUCCAAAAAAGGGCAUGGUGGCGAAAAGACAGAUGAUAGUCAUGAAGAGGUCGAUGCACAUGAAAAAGUCGACAUUCAUGAGUAUGAAGACGUCAAAGAAGAACAAGAAGAAGGAGAGGAAGGAGGAGAAGAAGAAGAGGAAGAAGGAGAAGAAGAAGAGGAAGGAGAAGACGACGACGACGACGACGACGAUGAAGACGAGGAAACUCAUGAACCAGACUCCGGUACUGUAAACUCUACAUCUACUGCACCUGCUGUGCAUGGACUCCCACCUAAGCCAGCUGUAAAGGCAACUACCGUCCCUUCCACGGCGACUAUAAGCGAUCAUGACGAUAUGAAGCAGAGAAUUAAACAUGCCUAUGACGCUGUGGUGAAGGCCGAACUUGCUAAAAACAAAGACUUUUUGCAGGAGUCGCAAGAAGAUCAAGUCCGCACAAUACUGGCAGAGUUGGCCAAACAGGGCAUCGACCUCCAGGGCUCAUUUGCCAACUAUGACCAGGUUUACUCUUACAACAAACCUUUCAAGAAUUUGAAGGACCCAAUCCCAUUGAUCCCCGUUAAUGAAUUCUGUCGCAGACCCAAUAUCACGUUGCCAACAACUCCCGAGGAAGAUAAUGAAUACGAGUCAUUUAUCGAGAGAGAAAACUAUUACUUGAAUUUACAAAACUGGGAUGAGUUCCCUGAUAAUUCGAGGCUAUUCAUAGGCAACUUACCGGCAAACACCAUCUCGAAACAGGACUUGUUUCGAAUCUUUACCAGGUACGGCGAAGUGAUUCAGAUUGCCAUCAAAGCAGGUUAUGGCUUUGUCCAAUUCAGAAGCGCCGAAAGCUGCCUCGAGUGCGUCAAGGGCGAAACCAACGUGCCCUUGCACAAUAAAGGAUUGAGGCUCGAUGCAUCAAAGCCUCAAAAAUCGCGAAGAAACCCGGAAAUCAACAAUCCCAAUAUGAGCGGCAGUGGAGGCGGAAUCGGGAAUGGAAGUGGCAGCGGAAUUGGAACUGGAGGUGGAAGGGGAAGAGAUCGAGAGAUGAUGCAAGAUGACGAUCUACCAAGAAAGAAACGAAGGAAAAGUGUCGACUGCAUCGUUUUUGUCAAUGGCAAGUCAUCGGUGUUUUUUGUUCGCAAAGUCAAGAAGGCCUUGGCCGCGGCGCAAGUGUCUAUCGACGUUGAAGAUGUGACGCAGAAAAACAUUGAUGAUGUAUUAAGUGACGCAGCCUACUCUGGCGUUCUUGGAGUUUGUGUUGUGAAGGAACACAAGGUGGAUGUUCAAACGUAUGAAAGCACGGCCGAUGACGAAAUCAAGUUUGAUGAGUAUGCCGACAUUGAGCCAGAGGAAGCAGCACAAGUUUUAGCCAGGGCCAAAAACGACAGAUAUAAAGGAAACCCACCUCCUUAUUUUCAAUCUGAAACGGACAACUAUGAGGGUGGUUCUCGUGAAGACAGGAGUCGUGACCUCCGUCGAGAACGCAAUAAAUACAGGAACGAUCGAAGUGGCAAAAAUCGUGGCGGGCAAGGUAAAAACAACAUGGGGUAUUACCCAAGUCAUCUGCUGCCAAAUCAAAAUCACUACAAUGCAUUCCCACCAGCACCAGCCACAGCCCCAGCCCCAGCACCACUACCACAACAGCAACAGUUUCCUAAUCAGUUUUCACCUUUUCUUCAGCAACAGCAACAGCCGCAACCACAACCACAACCGCAACAGCAAAUGUUCCCACAAGCAUUUUCUCAAAUGCAAAACCAAGUGCCGGUCGUUUCGGGAAUGCCAUCACAAUAUGGCUAUCCUCAACAGCAGCAAUUGAAUCAGUUUACUAAUCCCGUCAUGAACCAAAUCCCCAACCAAAUUCCCAAUCAGGUCCCAAAUCAAAACCCAAAUGCAAACGUGAUGCAAUUAUUGCAAAGUCUUGACUCAAACCAAGUACAAGGUAUGAUUGCCAUGCUUCAACAACAACAACAACAAAAACCAACAGGUCCCUCUCUCCAGCCUCAACAGCAUCCGCAGCAACAGCAGCAAAUGCCGCAACCUUACGGUCAACCGCCCAGAAUCAAUUAUGGUGACGGCAAUCGUAAUGGCGGCGGCUCUCGCAACGCUCGAUUUUCCGGAGGCAAUCCUCGAAACAAUCGAAAUAGGGGAGCGCAGCAACAACCAUAUGGAAAUGUGCCUCCCCCGAAUUUCAAUCUGGCUCCGCGGCUGGUCAGACCGCUGGGUCCACGGAGCCAGCAGCAGCAGCAGCAGCAGCAUCAGAGUCCCGGUAACCAGGCUAAUGCACUACUCUCUCAGUUGCAAUAUGGAGCUGGGUUCAACUCUCAGCCGCCUUUGCAGCAGCCGAUGGGAUUUGCGCAGCAGUUUCAAAUCCUAGCUCAACAGCAGCUGCAGCAACAGGCCCCACUACCACCCCAACAACAGCAGCAACAGCACCAGCAGCAGUAUCAGCAGCAGAAUUCGAAAGAGUCGUUGUUGGAAACUCUACAGAAAUUGAGCAGAAAGUAA